CAGGUAUAUAAAUAAUGCAAUGUUCGAUAGGGAAUUAGUUGAUUAAAAUUUUUGGCAGAAACGCUGGUAUUUUGUGACGCAAAUAUUGCCAGAGAAAAGGAGCGGAAUAAAGUAAAGAAAUGACUUUUACAAAGAUGUUGACGCGGUUGGUUGUUUUUACGUAUAUUUGUUUAGUUGUGGAAGGUUGUGGGCGUUUGAAGUGUUACCAAUGUAACUCUCAGGAUUCCCCGACAACGUGUGGAGAGAAAAACUUUAAUGCUGAUGCCCACAAGGAUACCACAGUCAGCGGAAGCACAUUGGUUAAUUCAUUGAACGGUGGAACCAGCUGUAUACGUGGCUAUGCUAUAAACGACAAGGGAACAUACUAUUAUCGUGACAAAUCAAAUGCGGCCCUUUGGGAUGGAUGCACGACUCCACAAACGUGUGCUUGCAGCGAAGAUCUCUGUAACUCUAAAGGGUCUAGGGGGAUCUAUGUGACCUCAACCUUUCUCUUCUGUUCCUUGGCAACGGUUGUUGUACAGAAGAUGACGUUUUGAUACCUGUUGAUACUGGUUGUGAUAUGAAGGACUGUCAUACUUUUAUCAUUGCUAGAAUUAGAAUUUUAAUGAUAAGAUCAUAUGUACAUGUACUUUUUUUGAAUAAAUUAGGUGUGUGCGUGCUCGUGUUUCUUUAUUCUAUGAGUUUUACGAAUAUUAUGUACUUUUUUCAAUAUUAGUUAAUAUGAAUGUGUGGAAGAUAGCGUUUGGAGUGUUCUUUUGAACAAUUAGUUAUUAGAACUACCGAUGGAUUCAGACCACAAUAGGCAUAAUAUUUUUUACCUUUUGCCUUCUUUCUAGAACCGUGCAACAAACAAUGGAAACAGUUAAACAUGCACGUGAGGCACAUUCUUUACUCAUAUCUUUAGGUUCUAUUUCAUCAUAUGUAGACUCGUAAGGUUUUGUUUUUGUUAAAUAUGUUCAGCAUUAACUGUCAGCAUAUGUUUACAAGGGACUCCACUGAGCGUCUUUACAUGGCGUAGCUGAGAAUAAGUUUUCGAUAAUAUAUUUUUAUUUUAUGUCGGUGUUGACAAAUAACUUUAGUGCAAAAUGUCUGAUCAUUAGCUCACUCCGUUUCACCAGAUUGUGAAAAAUAAUUUAAAAUUAAAACGCGUUACAACGCUUUUCACUCAAAUCGGUCUAAGAAUGACUGAAAAUACAAUUAUCAAUGUAAUUCUGAGUAUAUUUCUUACUUAUCUUUUGCACAUCCUUCCGAAUUAAGUGCCCCAGGUGAUCUAUGUAGGAAAUUAAACUUCAUGUUUUAGACUUUUUGACCUCAGUGGAGUUCUUUAAAAAAAAGAAAAUGUUACGUUUUACUGCAGUGCAAUAAGGGAUUGGAAUUCAUUACCAUAUGCAAGUAAGAAAAUAGUUAA